AGCGAGUCCGACCAACCGAGUCACGCCCGAGUCACAUCAUCGGCUUUUGGUUAUCUUCUUCCUCGCCGAAAAGACGCAAUCUUUUUUUUUUUUUUUUUGUCUCCAACAGAAUCUAACAGAGAUGAACGCCGCCAUUAGAGCUGCGAUUCAAAGACCACAGAGCUUAGCUUCCCACCUAAAAACCGCGCUUUUUCAUUCCACCCCCGUCUUGGAACGCAAACGCCGCACUUCCUGGGAAUCGAGAUCAUAUGUUCACAAGAAGAGGAACAGAAGAAUGAGGGAGAAGCAAGAGUUAUUGCGUAAUGUCAAUGCUUUCGCAGCAAACAUGUUUCCGAGUUGGCAUGAUGAUGGGUAUGAUGAUGAUGAUGAGCCCUCCUCGCGGAAGCAGAAGUCGUGGUACAAAAAAAAGUACGCCAAGGAAACCAAAGGCAAAUGGAACGGCAAACACGGCUCCCAGAGUUGGGGUCCAAGGCACUUCGAUUUUUGCGGAGUUGAUGAUGACGACUUUGACAUUGACUAUGUAUUCCGAACUGCUUUUGGUGGACCUCGAGGUUUCUCCUUUUCAUUCACUUUUGAAGAGGAUGAACCUCCUCGAUGGCAUCAUCGUGACCACUCCUCAAGGUUCUCUAAUAAGAGUUCUUGGAAAUCGAAACAUCGAAUAUACGAAGAUGAAGAAGAAGAAGAUGGAUACACUUCAGCAGAAUCCAGCGACUCUGACUCUGAGCCAAACCAAGCUUCUCAUAGACAAGCACUUGGUUUGAGUCCUUCAGGUCCAUUAAACCUCAAAGACGUCAAAAACGCAUUUCGAACUUGCGCAUUAAAAUGGCAUCCAGAUCGUCAUCAAGGCUCUACCAAGGAGGCGGCUGAGGCAAAGUUCAAGCUCUGCAGUGUGGCUUAUGAAUCUUUAUGCGAAAAGCUAGCUGUGAACUGAAGACGAAAGAGUUUAGAUAGUGUGUUUGAUUAUAUAUUUUCAUACCCAUAAUAUAUCCAAAGUGUUUUACUAUUACAGGAUCCAAGCAAAUACCUUUGUUCCGUCUUUUUAUUGUUGAACUUUCUGAAUUUACUACUAAUGAUGAGUAUUCAUAGGCUUGGGAUUUUGAACCGAACCA